AUGGCAUCUUCAGGCGCCAGAGGAGGAUCUUAUCGACCGAGGUCGCGUUCACAAAGCCGCGUGGGUGAGAGAUAUCAGACCUAUCGACGGGCUUCACCUGUUCGUGAAUCGGGCAUCUCAUCAGCGAUUACCUCUCAGCCUCCUUCGGAAAGGGCCUCUCCGCACCCGGGCUCCCUCAGGGCACGAUCGCCAUUACAGUCCCGGGAGCAAUCCCCUCAUCGCACCGUCGGCUCAGGCUCAGGCUCAGUCAGGGACACUCCUCGAUCAGGCCCAUGUGAACCCCCAUCUGCAUCUAGGUCACCACCGCGUGGUCCUGCUGCAUUACGGGCACCACCGACAGGGCCUUCCGCAGGCCGGACCUUGUCCACUUCUGUGUCUUCUCCAUUGCCCUCAAGCUCUAGGCACCCGCAAACCCCCGGAGCAGGGCCACAUCGCUCAGAUGCUCCCAGCCCAACCAACCCCCCCUCGGGUCCGCGAGCGUACGUAGCGCAACGGGGAUAUCCUUCUCGGCCUGGACGAGGCGGCUGGAGUCAAACACCUUCUCGACAGAUGUCUGGCCCGUCCCCUUCACCAACCACGCCAGGCGGAUCUACUAGCAUCCCUACGGGGCCGAGAGGAGCACCCUCUGCAGGCUCAUCUACACCCACUCAAGGCAGGCCAUUCAACCCCCCUACAGGACCGGCGUCCCAACAUGGCAACGGUCCGCGGCAGUCCCUUGCGCAGAGCUUACUGGCGACUAUGCCUCCGCUCAUUCCUGGCGGGAAGCUCGAUCCAACAAUGACGCCAUUUAUACUGGGUGUAACUCGUGAGCUUGAGCCCCACUACAGAAAGCUUCGUGAUGAGGAGGAGAAGAUGCGUGACGAACUUCGUGUCAAACAAGAACGCCUUCGGAAGUCACUUUACAUGUGGGACAGGCUAGAACGGGAGUCUCGGGCCUGGGAGCUGAGAAGUGAUCUGAGCGAGAAGAGCAUGAAGAAUCUUGCUGGAGAAGGCAUGGGUGGUGCUGCCUUUUGA